AUGGAUGGAGGCGCCACUUUAGGCCGCGGCCACGUAUUCCCCGUCCAAAACUAUAAAGUGAGUGGAAAACUAGGAAAAGCAUAUAAAAAUGCAAUUUUUUUCAGAAAGGAGCAAGAGUAUGGCACAGACACCCGCACCUGAUCUGGAUCGGCGGAACGCUCGAAGAUGAUAUCAGCUUCCAGACGCGACAAGUACGAAUCCGACUCGAAGAUGACACGGUAAUGCGAGUUGCUCUUAUAAUUCUACCUAACCUGUUCAUUUCAGACCGUCCAAUACGACAUCACAUCGCUGGAACAGCUGCCGUUCCUCAGAAAUCCGGCGUUUCUCGUCGGAAAAGACGACCUGACGCUGUUGUCGUACCUGCAUGAGCCGGCCGUCCUGCACAAUCUACAAGUGCGUUUCGUGAACAACAACUCGAUCUACACGUACUGCGGCAUCGUGCUCGUCGCCAUCAACCCCUACGCCGACUGCUCGCACAUUUACCGCGAGGAGAUCAUUCAAGUGUACCGGGGAGCCGGAAAGUCUGCUCGAGAAAUGGAUCCGCACAUUUUCGCCGUCGCCGAAGAGGCGCACUUCGAUAUGGGCGCGUUCGGCAAGUCCCAGUCGAUCAUUGUGAGCGGAGAGUCGGGCGCCGGAAAGACAGUGUCUGCCAAGUUUGUGAUGAGAUAUCUGGCAUCGGUUGCUGCGAGCGGAUCACGUCGGGAAAGCGGCACGACGACAAGCAUCGAAGCACGCGUGCUGGCGAGCAACCCAAUCAUGGAGUCGAUCGGAAACGCGAAAACAAUUAGAAAUGACAACUCGUCGCGCUUCGGAAAGUUCAUACAAAUCAACUUUUGCGAGCGCGGACGACGGAUUGUGGGCGCCGAAAUGAAGACGUAUCUGCUGGAGAAGAGUCGGCUCGUGUUCCAGGCGCCCGGCGAACGGAACUAUCACAUCUUCUACCAACUGUGCGCCGCCCGAAAUCACCCGGCACUCAAGGAUCUGCAUCUCGGCGCAUGCGAAUCGUACGCCUAUUUGACGCAGGGAGGAGACAGUCGCAUUCCGGGAGUCGACGAUAAAGCGGACUUUGAGGACUUGCUGAAGGCGCUCCAAUUGCUCGGAUUCGACGAGAAACAGAUUGGCGACGUCUUCCGACUUCUCGCCGGACUCCUUCUUCUCGGCAAUGUGCACUUUGAGAACGGAGAGACGUGUUCCGCCGUUUCGCCCGCGAGUUCACAGGAAAUCGCGAGAUUGUGCGCAGAAAUUUGGGAAAUCGACGAGAAUGAUUUGCGCAUUUGGCUGACGAGACGAGAGAUUCGAGCUGUGAACGAGGUGGUCACGAAGCCGUUGACGAAGAACGAAUCCGUCCGAUCGCGAGAUGCCCUCACCAAAAUGCUCUACGCGCACCUCUUUGGAUGGCUCGUCGACAAGAUCAACAGUGCUCUGAACGAGAAUCAACAAAGUUCAGAGGCGAACCGCCGGAAACGGGUCGAUCGAUUCAUUGGAGUUCUCGAUAUUUACGGAUUCGAGACGUUCGACAUCAACUCGUUCGAGCAAUUCUCCAUCAACUACGCCAAUGAAAAACUCCAGCAGCAGUUCAAUCAGCACGUCUUCAAGUUGGAACAGGAGGAGUACGUGCGAGAGGAGAUCGAAUGGGUCCGUGUGGAUUUCCAUGACAAUCAGCCGGCCAUUGACUUGAUCGAAGGACCUGUCGGAAUGAUAAACCUGCUCGACGAGCAGUGCAAACGGCUGAACGGAACCGAUUCCGAUUGGUUGAGUCAGCUGAGCAACAGUGCCGAACUGAAGAAGAACCCGCAGUUGACGUUCCCGAAGGUUCGCAGCAAUGACUUUAUCGUUCGACACUUUGCCGCCGACGUCACCUACACGACCGAUGGAUUCGUUGAGAAGAACCGAGAUGCGAUCGGAGAGCAGCUCCUCGACGUCGUCGUUGCCAGCAGAUUUGAGUUCAUUCGGAAAGUGAUCGGCCCGGCAGUCGUCACUCCAGCCGGAUCCACUCCCGGAAAGAGAACGACGAAGAAGACGGUGGCCAGUCAGUUCCGUGAUUCGCUGAGAGAGCUCAUGCAAGUGUUGUGCUCGACUCGCCCGCAUUACGUCAGAUGCAUCAAGCCGAACGACAGCAAGAUCAGUUUCGACUUUGAGCCAAAACGAGCGAUACAGCAGCUGCGAGCGUGCGGAGUCCUCGAGACGGUUCGCAUUUCGGCGGCCGGCUUCCCGUCGCGGUAUCCGUACGAAGAGUUCGCCCGCCGAUAUCGAGUACUCUACACGAAAGAUGCGGCGCUUUGGAGAGACAAUCCGAAGAAGUUCGCAAAGCUCGCCUGUGAGCAGUGCCUCGAGGAAGGAAAGUAUGCGGUCGGAAAGACGAAGAUCUUCUUGCGCACCGGACAAGUCGCUGUGCUCGAGCGAGUCCGUCUCGACACACUGGCCGCAGCUGCCGUCAUGAUUCAGAAGACGUGGAAGGGAUUCGUGGCGCGAAGAAAGUACGAGACGAUGCGACGAUCACUGCUCAUUGUGCAGGCUUCGCUGAAGGCGUUCCUCGCAUUCCGACGCAUCAAGUACCUGCAAAUGCACCGCGCGGCCAUCACAAUGCAGGCGGCCGUACGUGGAUUCCUCGCAAAACGAAGAUACGAAAAGAUUCGCAAGGCGGUCAUCGGAAUUCAGGCGGCGUUCAAGGCGACUCGUGUCAGAAGAAACGUUGAAAAGGUAGGGUAACUACAUCUAUCAAAAUCUUUAAAAAAAAAUUGAAAUGUUUCAGAUCCGCUACGAGAAAUCAGCCAUCAAGAUUCAAGCGGCGUGGCGUGGAUACUCGAUGCGUCGAGAGCAGAUUGCCCGUCGCAAGAAGGUGGUCAUGGUCCAGUGCGCCGUCAGAAAGUGGCUUGCCAAACGCCGUCUCCGCGAGCUCAAGGUGACCAGUGACCUUCAGUCCUCAUUCUUCAAUUCCCCUCUAAUUUCAGAUAGAAGCCCGAUCCGUUGGACACCUCCAGAAGCUGAAUACAGGAUUGGAGAACAAGAUUAUCGAGUUGCAGAUGCGACUGGAUAUUGCCGUAAGUAUAGUGUGGCCGGAAUUUCAAUAUUUGCAAGCACGCAAAGGCACACAAUCAGCUUACCGUGUUUUUGUCUUUUCUCGUUUGCGUUGGCGAUCAAAAUUUGAAAACUUCCAAACAAAUUACACUUUUUUGUUCUUUCAUCUUGCUCAGAGCAGUAAAGAGCCGAGUUGGCGUCAAAAUGGCAACAUGCACAGCACAGAAAGAGAGCAUGACCCCUUUCUUUUACGAUCUGUUUUAUUUGCUCUUUUCGGAAUAUUCGAUUGAGUUUCGGCAACUUUUCCGUCGUCUGUUUUGCAACAUUCUUUUGUCAUUAGUCGUCGCGCCGCAUUCUCCCGCGCAAUUCCAUUCUCACCUUGCCGCUGACGAAUCCAGAAUGCGGUGAGUCAGUCAAAUUGUCAGUCAGUCGAUUCGGUUUCGUCCGUUGUGUUUUCGACGUCUUCUCAUUCACCCGAAGCAGCAGCAACUCGAGUAUUUUUGUGAAUAUUUAGUUGUGUGAACUCCCAAUGGGCCGCUCUUUCUUCCCCGUCGCUUCUCGUGCCGUCGUGUGAAUAUUCGGCGCGGCCACAUUUGACAGAAUUUCAUGUCAACUUGUGAGUGAUUAAUCGCUGAACAUGCUCGAUGACCAGUUGCUCCGGGCCUCUGUGGUCCCCUUGAUAUCAUUUAUCAUCACUUGUUUUCAUCCCUUCCUCUUUCUCCUCCGUUCCGCCCACUCUAAUAGUCGCCUCAAUCAACUGUCUUGUUUGUUUCUCAGUUGCUGCAGCUCACGGAGCGCGAGAAACCAGUUUCGCUCUUUAGACAGUAUGUUAGAACAGUUUAGAACAGAACACGAGCAAGAAAACGUUGGCGUCUUGCAAAUAUGCUCUCUCUCUCUCCUUCUCUCAAUUCUGUGCUUUGUGGUCGAGAACCCUGCCUCGUUAUUCCCCAUAUUCGGGAAGCAAGAUGGCGUCGUUUUUUCAUCCGCAAACUCUGUUUUUUGAUGAUAUUAUGCACGCAAGUGGACGGAUAGCCCUUCUCUUUUCUCCUUUCUGCACUUGAAGUUCGCUUUCUUCAUUUUCGAAAUACUCCGCCCGCAGUUUGUUUGCGUCUGGUUACUUGUUCCCACUACCGUAACCCUAAUCAGAUGAAGAAUGCGAGGGAUGGCGGUGAGAACACCUUUCUUUUCGUCUGAUCAUUCCGUUCAACUCGAUCACCUCCGCCGCCGUUCCUGACGUAUGCUCUCACGUGGUCGCCUAACGGUCCACACGUGAGUGUUCGAGGGUAUCGUUAGCACCGGAGGCCGGAAACUGUCGCAAAAAACGGAUAUGCGGGAGAGGAGCAGGUUGAUUCGGCUUCUCGCGCCCUCUGGCGGCCCGAGAUGACAGUUUAUUUGAUUAAAAAUUGAGUGAGAAACGAUCAGAGUGUGGGUGGCCAGCGCCCUCGCGCCCAUUCUUCCUUGUUUCACACAGUUUUGCACGGCCGAAUAGCUCGACUUCUUCUUCUUCCUCCUUUUUUUGUCGAAUAUUCUUCCCCAGGGGUCAAUGCGACAAGCCUUAGCUCGUGCGAACGAUGAGCGUGUUUUCUCUUGAUUCUUCGUGUUCUUAUGGCUGACUUCUCACACGAAGCAAUCAGAAUUAACCUUCGAGCGUAGUUAUCGGAAAGGCCGGACAGAAGACGAUUAAUUGAUGACGGCAAAGGUGAAAACGCCCGCUUUUUUAUGCGCGAAAGCGAUGUGGAUGAUUACGGCCUAGGGAAGGCACGCACGCAAACCUGUCAUUCACCUGGUUUCACUCGAAUUAAAUUGGAAAAACCUUUCUGAAGCUUUUCAUGGUAACCUUCCAAACGGCGUACUUAUCAGAAUUAGUAUUCGAGUUGGCUUCGCCUAGUUCCCGUUUGAUUGCCUCAUUGCCCUCCCGCGCCCUCCAUCGCAUUGUCGUCUUCAUGAGGACGCUGAUGAUGUGAUAUCUCUUUUUCUUCUUCUUCUUCUUCUUACUUCUUCCGCCUCUCAUUGUUUGGACGUCUCCUUGAGAUCCCGUUCGUGACGAACACGCACUCCGUAUCCUUCGUGUCCGUCCGUCCAUCGUUUUUUCGUUCGCUCCUGCCGUGUCCGCUCGAAGAAGAUGCCCUCCGUCGCGCCCGAAGAUUGAUUGUCAUGGGAUUCUGCCCAUAUCUCUUGGCUAUUCACUUCGUUCCACCAAUUUCCCACGUUCUCUUUCUCUUCCUCUUUCUCGAAACCAUCUAAAAGUUUUGCGGGCUAGAUUUCGAGCCGUUAGAAAUUUGUUCCACACAAAUGUUGGCUGUAAACCUCUGAAACUGGAGAAAACCGAAACCCAUGAAUGUGUAGAAUUGCAACUCUAUAUGAGGUGUUCACAAAUUUGAGAAAUCCGCGGCACAUUUACAUUACAGAAUCCUUUAGACACGAUCUUUCGAAAAUGUAGUUCGUAGUCGAAACCGAGCGUUCGGCUUUAUCACACUUUAUCCAAAACUUGGAUAGUGUCGAUCUUCGAAACUGUAUUCCGAACGAUCUAGGUGGAAAUGUCAUCUGUUUUUGGGAUUGUUCGUUAAUUACCAGUGUUAUUCGCAUUGUUCUUGCCUUGCAGUCAUGUUUUCCACGGUCUUCAAUUUGAAGAAUUGGGGUGGGGCGUUUAGAAGAAAACUUGUUGCCGGAUAACAUUUUGAUUUGAUAACCUGGGCGCACGAAUGCAUGCAAAUCACGGCGCCAUCUCAUUGUUUGAUUACAGAACGGACGAACGAAAGACGAAAAGGAGAAGUUGACGACGGUGAGCAAGGAUCUCGAGAAGACAAAGGCCGAGUUGGCCAUGAUGGAAGCGGAGAGGUGAGUCUCAGUUGGUUACCUGUUCUCAUUUGUACUUUAUUCAUUUCAGACUGACGCUUCUGGAGGCACGUCAUCGUGUGGAAGUGCUCCAGGAAGAAGUGGAACGACUCGAAACGGAAUGCGAUCUGAAAGAAGCUCAACGUGGUGGCAUGGAGACGAAAGUCGUCGACCUGCAGAGCCGUCUUGAGCAGGUAAGCCCCCUUUUAGACUCAAAGUCAAAAGAGUGACGGCAAAGCACAUGAGCUGCAUGCGGUCCCUUUCCGCUCGUAAAGGGUGCCCUCAUCACUUGCGGCGCGACGGCGUCCACAUUCUCAUUAGACGCAUUCGAUUGUGGUGUUUGUUGCGCCGCCCGUGCCCCCGUGCCCCCGCGUAGAGCUCCUUUGUUUUCUUGUGACCAAGUUGUACUUGAGCCGCCGGUGCCGCCGCAAAGCAACGAGUAAAUACAUAAAUGAUGAACAGGAAGGAAGAAAGUGGGAUUAGAUGCCACACGACGCUCUACUCUCAUGUCUUCUUUCCCUUUCAACAUUUGAAAUUUGCCUCAUUUCGUAUGAAUUCCGCUCAGCUGUUUUCCAUCUGUUUUCCGUGUCGACUGUGUUUUGACCCGUUGAUGACACCCAAGGCGCCAUACUAGUCAACCCCCUUUUCUCGCUCGCUUAAUUGUCAGCAAUUGUCAGCAGCAGUGGGCAGCAUCAUUGUCUCGAAAACAAAGCGCCAUUUUAACCCUUUUCAAGUUGCAGAUGCAAUCCGAAUCCGGACUGAAAAUCGCCGAGCUCACCGAGCAACUGGAGAAGGCGAAAGCCGAUCAGGAGACGUGGGAGGAGGAACGACGGAAAAUGGAAGCGGAGCUGAAUUCGGAGCGAUCGACGCGACUCGCUCUGGAUGCUGACGUGGCGGCGAUGCGGGAGCAGCUGAUGAAGAACGUGGAUCUGUUCGAAUCGAGUGCGUUCCAGAGAAAAGCGAGUCCGAAAAAGGACGAACUGGGUCUGUUCACUUUCUCGGGUCAAUAACCAAUCCUUUUGUGAUUUCAGACGUUUCGCGAACCACCUCCAACCUGUCGCAACUCAGCGCCGAAUCGUUGAACGCCGUGCCCGUCCCGUUGACGUUAACGUCGCGCGGAUCUCCAGAAGCUCAGCUCAACGAUAUGGCUAUGAUUUUCGACCAACUCAAGAUGAUCAACGAUCUGCGACAGCGCAACGAGCACUGUCAACGCGAGACGGAGCGGAUGAAGGUGAUCCUCGAGGCGUCGACGCUGAUCGACACGCUCGACAAGAAGACGUCGUUGAAGGCGUUCGAAUCGAUUCGGAUGAGCGAGUUGGAAGGAGCGUACAAUCGGCUGAAGAGCGACAUGGAAAGGCUGAUUUCGGGCGGAAGCGAUCGCUCGAUGCACUCGGUGUUCGAGCGAAUCAUGGAGGAGAACGAGCGUCUGCGCGAGGAGUCUGUCGAGCUGAGAUCGAUGCUCUCCAGCCACUUUGAGCGACAAUCUGUCGCCGGAAGCAGCGGAUACAGACGUUCGCCGCGACCAGACUCCGGACACUGCUCUGGUACCGAUUCGGAAGAUGGCAGUAGCAGUGCUGAUCUGGAGGAAGAUUUGUGCAUCGAACGGCAGUGCAGACAUCUCAAGAAUCUUGCCGAGUGAGUGGAGCAUUACAUUGCUCACUAUUUUAUUUUUACCUUUUUAGAAAUCUGACUCGAAUGCUCACCAACCAGAAUCUGGAAAUCGAGCGACUGCAACAACAGCUCCGCUACAGCGAAUCUCAGUCUGUCUUUGUAAGUUCUCUUGUUCGCUUCGUUCCAUUCUCUCCCAAACGCUUCUGUUCUCCGACCGAAAAAACCGCGAUGACUGUUACUCACAGAUGAUAUCGAAUCUGGUUUUCGAUGGCGGUUGGGUCGGGUUGAAAGAGACACCGCCUAAGAAGAAGAAGUGACUUUCUUUGCGUCGAAAAGACGACUGAGUAGGACACGUGUGCUUUUUAUUCCUCUCUCUCUCUCGCUCUUCCUCUGCGCUUCAUUCAAAUCUCAUUUAGCGUGUCAUUUCGACCCAGUUCAUCCACAAUUAUGCUCGUAAACCGUCCAUUUUCUCGCCGAAACCGACCGUCUUCUCGAUCUCCCCGCCAGUUUCCCAUUCUCGGAUUGUUUAUUUACUUGCGAUUUUGUGUUUCGUCUUUGGAAGAUUGAAAUUCGAGUCUACUCGAGUUCUCGCUACCAGCACCUUCGGAAGAAACGUGAUACGAGUCGAGAAGCCCUUCCUAUGUUUGCGAACAGGCCGUUCGCUUCUUCCUUCCUCUUUCCGAUGGUCAUUAUCAUCUGCGGUCGCGUUUUUUUGCCAAUUUUGUGUAGGUCGGUGCGGCGAAAAGCAGAUUAUAAUACUUUACAUACACACUGAUCGGAUGUAUGUGUUCAGUGGCCUACUUUCCUUCGAUACACCAGUAACAUUGUCUGGAUUUCAUGGAGUUCUCUUCAAUUGUUUGUACGCGUGUUGUUUUCCGGGUCCUCGUUUCCCCGCCCGAAUUGGCAGCAGGUGUUGUGCGUUCCGUCCGUAACAGCCACGGCCGGCAGCUCUUUCUUUCUCGGCAGAAAAACAAGUUUUGGUGACCGGUUGGUGCCCAUCAGCCGCCACUCGAAUCGAUUCGGCGCCAUCACACAGUCAUCAAUACAGACUGAAUCAUUGUGUUUGCAGUCGGCACUGUUUGAACACCUUUCCUCUCUUCCUUUCUCUUUCCCACAUAUUCCAUCGGAUUGUAGAUGUAUUGACCUCUUUCUCUUCGUCUUUUCCACUUUUCGAAAGUAUUGGCGAGAAGUGGUGUGAACACGGCCAACCAGUUGGAUUCAUCUUUCCCGCACUGCGUCUCUUUCUCUUCUUUCAUUUCCAUUCCGCCGUCGUCGUCGUCGUCGUCGCUUUUGCCGCGUCGCGCACACCUGCUACUGCAACCGCUUGUUAGCGCGAAUUAUAACUAUUUUGUGGCAUUAGUUCGAUGAAGUUUGUUCGUUCAUUUCCUCAUCCCAUCCUGACCUGUCCUUUUCAUUUCCCUCCGCAUCGCCAUGGAGAUAAUCUCCUCGACUCUUGCGCUCGUUUUUAUUUAUACAUUCGCGCUAGAAGACAGUGUUACUUAUUGAGAAGCGCAGACAUUCGGAAGAGGGAAUGUUUUGGUCCACACCCUGCCUGCCUGCCAGCCAGAAGCCUUCCUUUCUCGGACCCCUUUUCGUUAUUCGCCUAAAAGGUACCUCUCCACAAUUGGGGUGUUUCACCGCGAACGUUGUUUUGCUCUUUCAUUACGGAUCACACGAGCAAACGGUCAAUUGGCUCCAUUUCCAUCCUCCGCAAUUUUUCUUUCUCUAUAACUGUUAUUGUUUCUCUUUUUGGCCCAAAAGAGUGCUUGGGGCAGGCCGCCACAACAAAAACAGCAGAAAUCUCAUUAAAAGAAGAGCCGGAACACGAGCGAGCCGAAAUGACGUUUUUUGAUGAGAUUCUCUUUUCGAGCGCGCAGUGUUUCCAAUUUUGGCAAAGUGCUGCUCUUUUCCGCCCUGCCCCUCAUGCUUUUUUUUGCUUCCUUCCUUUUCCAUUUUUCAAAUGGAGCACCUGAGGUCCCUAGAGAGUAGAAUUGAACCAGGAAGUCGAUUGUACAUAUUUGACUUGCAAAGCGUGCCUGAUCUACAUGUUCAAAACAGUCAUUAUCGGCGCGAAAAUGAAUGAAAGGCAUGCCUGUAACUAUUUGAAAGUAUUAGGCAGAAAUUAAAACGACAGCCUUCUCCUCUCUUCGUUUCCGGUUUUCCGUUCUGUUUUUGUCUUCUCUCGCCUCCAAUUUUGUUCUUUCGCAUUGACUUUUUUUUGCGGGAGGGGGGGGGGCGCGAAAUUGUGCAUUCUGCGUCGGUUUUGGGAUGAUGAAUGAGUGAGUCUCCCUCUUUCUCUCUCUCUACAUCUCCAUCGGCUCAAAAUUCCCUCUUUUGGCCCAUGAAGCUACUGCUGCUGCUCCAUUUUCUUUGUUUCUGGCAUCGAUUCCACCCGCUUCAUUUGGUAUUCAUGAAUUACCGCCAAUUUCUUUUCUUUCUUUUCUCUCUCUCUCUCUCUUUCUCGGCUUCUAGACCUAGUUUCCGCUUGCAGGUAGGGCUUUUCCCUCUGUGAGCACACUUUUUAAAAUGCUGGAAUUCGACGAGGUCGGCACUUCUGCGCCUCCGCCGAGCCUUCAAAGUCGGAUGACGUCAUCGUCUUCUGACUAUUACUGUAUGACUUUUGACGAACCCGAAGAGAUGGACGAUGUCACGUUGAGCAGUUCGGCCACGAGCAAGGCAAGAAUGGGAAGAAUGGAACUGAAAUUAUGGAUUUUGCCGAAUUAGUAGCCAAUUUUAAAUUUUCAGAGACCAUCCGACUGCUCGUUGGAUGAGGCCGUUCGAGGUGCUCACAAACAGACUCAGAUGUUGGCCCAGCAGAAUAUGGUAGGCUCGUCGUGUGAGAGCAGAGAUGCAGAACAGGCGCCUGUUUUUCAACGCAAAAACGUCUGUCUUCGCAGGCGCCUAAAAUCACCUGUUUUGCAUCCCUAGUGGGCAUUCUAUGCAGAACGACUUCUUUUCAGGACCUCAACGACAAGCUGACUCGACAAUCGGAAGAACUUGCCGAAGCACGCGCUCAACUUCGCGGCUACAGUGGACCACUGGGACUAGGUGAGCAAGAAGUGUGUCGUGGUUUGUCGCCGGCCAAAUCGAUGCUCUCCUCGAUCGCCACCACCGAUUCGGACGCGAUCGACGGUGGCGGAGACCGUGCGCAUCGUCGAUUCCGUCCGAUCGACCUGGAUCCGCCGUCCUCAUCGUCGGCGAGUUCGUCGGGCGCCAGCAGUGUCUAUCACUCGCUGAACACGUCGCUCGCCUCGCAAUGGCACUGGUCGCACGCUUCGACGCCGAAUGUGCCGAUCGGCAGUCCGUCGGCGAACGCCGAGUUUGUCUAUCCGCCGAACGUGAACGCGUUCUACAGUCUGCGCGAUGCGAUGGGCACGUUCCUCUCGCAGUUGGCGCGUAGUUUAGGACUCUCUUCUGCCGACUCCCCUUGAAAAAACAUGGUCCGGGAUGGUGGUUUUGAGUUCUGGCGUACUGUUAAGCGAUAAUAAUUUACAUGUUCGUACAAAACAUUUGUGACGUGGCAAACCCGGGUAGUUGUAUGUGCACUAGCGCCCAAGACCACCAUACCCCGACCCGCCUGUAUUUACCCUUGGCUUGUUCUUCUUCUCCUUCACCCACCUCAUACCCGCUUCUCUUCUUCUUCACUUGUUCCACCCUGUUAUCACAUGUUCUGCCCCCCCCCACUUUUCCUCUGUUCCGCCUAUCUUUCAGAUCUCGCGCACGCACACGCCGUCCCGAUGUAAACCGUAUUUCCUUCUUUCCUGAUAAUAGUAUUUUGUGUUUCUUUUUCUUCUUUUUUCCCUGACCGCUCUCCUUACCACAUAUAUUUACAUAUAUAUAUGUUCCUCAGUUUGAGCUCUUAUCCUUCCAUUUUUUCCUUUUCUUUCUUUUGGGUUCAUCUGUGCGUGUCAUUUUUUGUUGCUCUCUGGAUAUAAAGUUUUAGCAUUGAUUGUCAUGUGUCUGUGUGUGGUGAUUGGUUUCUGCUUGCUUCACGAUUGUUUUCCCCCCUCGUUUUGCCACGUCACAACAAACCACGCUAAUGAGAAGAAACGUGAGAAUUGAUAGAUUGAGUGUGUGCCCCCAAAUGGAAAUGGUUAAUCGUAUUAGGCCGUUUCGAACAGAACAGAACGACGGUCACUGGCUAAUCGGCCGGAUUCGCCAACAUUGGCCAGUAACCGGUGUAUUUGUGUUGUACAAAGACAGCUUUGCCCCUCACUUUCUGCUUCUCUGGUCCCUCGCGGUCGGCGAUCACGUGUUCACCAGGCGCCAGACACCCCCCAAACAGUUGCAAUUCUUUCAGAAAACACCUCCGACGAGGAGAUCAUUCGAUUGGAGGCGUUCCAGAAGGAUUCGGUCACACACAACGCGUUCUUGGAAGUCUACAACGUGCCCGAGUUUGCCCGAAUCAUUGUUUGCGGUUUGUCAAGAAAUUCCCGUCCCACAAAAUCGCAGUCCGUUUUCAGAACUGAAGCCGAGUCUGGCCCGACUUCUGACGAAGAAUCUGCCGGCGUACCUGCUGCUCGCCGCCUUCCGCAACCAGGAUGAGAGGCGCGACGAGACGGCGCUCACCGGUCUCUUUUCUUCGGUCCAUCUUGUGCUCAAGGAUACUAUCUCGCGUUCGCACGAUCUCGACCUUCUAUCGCUAUGGCUCGUGAACCUGUGGCGCCUCUUCAACCUCCUUCGUCAGUAUUCGGGCGAGGAGAAGCAGCCGGCCGAGUGGCACGUGGCGAACACGGACACGCAAAACGCGUACCGCUUCAAGUCGUACGACGUGGCGCCGAUCCGAGAUCAGCUAAAGUUGCGCAUCGAAGAGUGCUACGCGAGUCUGAUGAAGAAGGCUGUCGAGCACGCGUUCUGUCCGAAGAUCGUGCCCGGAAUUCUGCAGCACGAGAGCAGCAGCGAUCUAAUGACGGCCGGCCAGGAUCGGAGGGAGCGCGCGGAGACGCAAAAGACGAGUCUGGCCGAUCUGCUGCAGUUUAUGGACAUGGUGCACUCGAAGCUGAAGACGUACGGCGGAGACGAGUUCGUGCUCAAGCAGGUCAUCGGACAAAUGGCCAGCUGGAUGUGCUCGCUGGCCCUCAAUCACAUGAUGUUCCGGCGCGAGCUGUGCAACUUCGAGAAGGCCAUUCAGAUCAAGCACAACGUGAUGGAGAUCCAGAACUGGCUGAACGCGAAAGGACUGCCCGACUGCCGCGAGCACCUCGAGCCGCUCGUCCAGGCGUGCCAUCUGCUGCAGAGUCGCAAAGACGCGUCGAACAUGGACACGUUGUGCGGCGAGAUGACGAGUCGGCUGAAGCCGCGACAAGUGGUUGCCAUCCUGCAGCACUACGACCCUUCGGACGAGAUGGAGGACGGACUCUCCGCCGAGUUCCUUGUCGCGAUUCAGAGAAAGCUCAACGAGAGAGCGAUUGCGAACGGGGAUCCGAUCGAGGACAAGGUAAUUGUGUGGCAAUAGCGAAUUAUAGGAAAAUGCUUUGAAAAAAUCUAAAGAUUUUCAUGCAGAAUUGAUUGGGGUUUUCUGCCGGGAAUUUCAAAUUCACACAAUGUUUAUACUUUGCAGGACGCGCUCAUCAUGAUGGGCACCUACUUGCCUCCAUUCAACACGGAGCCCUUCUCCUACUCGGAACUGCCGCUCGAGACGCUCAGUCUUCCGAGCUGUUUGCAUUUACAAGGCGUCUGCCGACUUGUAUAA